AGAGAGAUUUCCAGAUCUCUAAUGUGCCCAGACAGAUGUAUUACUGCACCCUGGAUAGAGUCACUUUCCUCUGGAAAAGGCUGCAGAAUGAUGUCCAUGUUUCGCUCCAGUUCAUCCCGUCGUCUCAUUGGACAGGGGAGAGAAAUGGCUGCAGAGGAGCCAGUCCAGGGGCUGGUGACCUUCGAGGAGGUGGCUGUGUAUUUCACCAGGGAAGAAUGGGCUCUGCUGGACCCCACACAGAGAGCCUUCUACUGGGAUGUCAUGCAGGAGAACUAUGAGAAUGUGACCUCAGUGGGGUUUCCAGUUUCCCAACCUGAUGUGAUCUCCCAGCUGGAACAAGGGGAAGAGUCAUGGGUCCCAGACCUGCAGGGUUCAGAGGAAAGACAGACCCUGAGAGCUCCCUUCACAGGUGAUAUAAUGGCAUGUGAGAAAGAGGAGCAGAAUUCUCAGCAGGAAAAUGUUGAGCAAGUGGAUAAACACAGAGCAUUAUUGCAAAGAUCAAAAAGGAAUGUGUCCAGGAGUCAUGAGCAGGAAAUAUCCUGUGAGAUUCAGCACAGACCAGAAAAAGAGCAAGGAAACCAGGCAGGGGUGAAAGUGGGUAAAUGUAUUUCCUGUCCGGGAACUCAGAAGGACUUAAAGGAAACCACAACAAAGCAGGAAAUCCUCAGGGGAAAGAGAAAAAAUACAUGCACUGAGUGUGGAAAAAACUUAUGUGACUACUCAGCCCUUAUAAAGCAUCAGAGAAUCCACACAGGGAAGAGGCCUUAUGAAUGCAGUGAGUGUGGGAAAAACUUCACUAGCAACUCCGACCUUUCUAAACAUCGGAGAAUCCACACAGGGGAGAGGCCCUAUGAAUGCAGUGAGUGUGGGAAAAAAUUCACUCACAGAUCAAACCUUUUUCAUCAUCAGAGAAUCCACACAGGGGAGAGGCCCUAUAAAUGCAGUGAGUGUGGGGAAAGUUUCACUAGAAGCUCAGCCCUUUCUGUGCAUCAGAGAAUCCACACAGGGGAGAGGCCCUAUGAAUGCAGUGAGUGUGGGAAAAACUUCACUAGCAACUCCGACCUUUCUAAACAUCGGAGAAUCCACACAGGGGAGAGGCCCUAUGAAUGCAGUGAGUGUGGGAAAAAAUUCACUCACAGAUCAAACCUUUUUCAUCAUCAGAGAAUCCACACCGGGAAGAGGCCCUAUAAAUGCAGUGAGUGUGGAGAAAGUUUCACUAGAAGCUCAGCCCUUUCUGCACAUCAGAGAAUCCACACAGGGGAGAGGCCCUACCAAUGCUGUGAGUGUGGGAAAAAUUUCACUCACAGAUCAAGCCUUUUACAACAUCAGAGAAUCCACACAGCGGAGAGGCCCUAUAAAUGCAGUGAGUGUGGGAAAAGUUUCACUAGAAGCUCAGCCCUUUCUGUACAUCAGAGAAUCCACACAGGGGAGAGGCCCUAUCAAUGCUGUGAGUGUGGAAAAUGUUUCAUUAACAACUCACACCUUAUUAGGCAUCAGAGAAUCCACACAAGGGAGCGGCCCUGUGGAUGCAGUGAGUGUGAGAAGACCUUCUCUUGGCAUUCAGCCCAUGUUAGCCAUCAGAGACUCUGCAAGGGAGAUGAACACCAUAAAAACCUCUAGGGCUAUCAAUAAUUUUUUUCUUUAAUCGAUGCUUUUCCUGAUUCCCGCAUAGUAACUUUUAAAAACUGGUUGAACUGUUUGCAGCACUGUUAUCCCUCAGCUCGUCCUGAUGAGUGGCCCAUUUAUGCCUUUUGUAGUUCGCCCUCUUUUGAGGUGGGCCCAUUUGUACUUUCUAUCAACUCCAUUGUCUCAUGAGUAAUUUGAGUGUGCCCUUCCUAUCAGGAAUCAGGGAGCAUUACAUUUAUACCAUUCCUCCUAUUGCAAAGUUAUUGUUAGAAUCACCAAUGAUACAGAUUAUAUCAUUGCCAGUUGUUCUCACAUUACUCUGGGUUCUGCUGAAGAGCAGUUAUAUUGGGAACUUUUCAUAUUAUAUUUAAAUGAAGAGAAGCAGGGCAAAAAUAGUCAUUUCAGCCUCUGUGACACUGGAAGGUGAUGGGAUGACGCAGAGAUUCCCUCCUUCCCCAUCACUGCAGAACUGUUAGCUUUUGGCUGAGCGCUGCAGAGUUUAUUUUCAUCACAUUCUAUCCGUCCACUUCUCAAAGUGUCACGUGAGGAAGAGUUCUCAGCUGUCUGUGCUUGGAGAUGAUGCUUUGACUUCUUUAAUCCUAAAUCAGAGUCGCUAUGACUGGAGAUGAAAGUGUCAAAGACCUGGAAGGGGAAUUUAAAUGGAUCCCAAACAGAGUGUGAUUAUUUGGAGUUUAAAUCCCAGGUUUCAUCUAUUGGUAAAGCCACUUCUGACAAGGUGGCUGUUUUGUCCCCGAUUAUGGGGAUGCUAGGACACUAAACAUUUUGUAAAUAACGUAACUGACUAUUGAGACAGCGCUGAGUGAAGCAGGUUUGAAUGGUUCAGAGGAGAAUGUGAUGAGAGAAUCUCUUGUCCUGAUUCUGAAUAAUCAGAUGUAACCUACUGUGGAAUUUCACUUGACACUUUCAUUGUCAUGUAUUCUAUCUCUCUCUGAUGUGGGUUUCUCUCUUUCCUGAAGGCUGUUUGGUCGCCCAAUUGGAUAUUAGUUCAGUUUGAUAGGAUGUAGCUCAGAUUUAUUGGAGAAUUUAAGACAAAUGACCAUUUGCUAAAGUCCUCAUUUCUCACUUCAGCUUUACUUCAUUUCCCCAUCCCUCCAUGAUGACAUGGAGAAAGUUCAAGUGCAGUUCUGUCAACAUUAGAGAACACUCCAAUUUACCGGACAAAAAAAAAGUGAUGAUUUAAAAUCUCCACUCAGAAAUGGUGAACAACAGCAGAACCCCAACUAACUGAAGGAAGUGCGUAUGAUCACAGUGUAGUUCAAUUAUUUAAAUCAGUAUUUUCUAAGAUGAUCUGGAAAGAGAAUUCCACGGUAAGUGAUUUGAACUUGGCAAAAUGCCCAUGUAUUUGCUUCCUGAAGCAUUUUUGUAACCCAGGCCCUACAGAAGAUCUCUCCUAGCUAAUCCUAUGGUAUGUGGAAUGCUCCCCUUCAUGAUGCAGAUGUUGAGGAAAUAGAAGUGGGGUUUUUUUGUUUGUUUGUAGGUGCUAAAAAUUUGUAUAAAAUGAAAUCAGUGUCGGAAAUCUAAUAGCUGCAGAAAAAUAGCUAUUUUUAAAUAGAAAUUCUAUCUCUAGUGGCUAACAGAGUUUCUGAUUCAGCCCUGUAUCCAGUCCUUUGCCUGGAACUGUGUCACCAAAGUAAAGAAAAGCUGGGCAUGUUUCGGGAAGCCAUUGCUUACUAACACUGCUGAUAUUUUGAGUGUUUUUUGUAAAGGAUUCUACUUCAGAGAAGUGUAAGUUUAUCCUAAAAAGGGCAGAGAUUUGGGGUUGAAAGAGUACACUCAGUUCUUGGUUUCCAACCCAGUAAAGGAAGCUAUGGUGACCAAUGACCCCAGGACAAUUUUUGUACAACUCCACUUCCUAGUUCAGUGUCACUGAUUACAGUUCCAAAGGAUUCCAGAUUUGGACUGAGAACAAUCAUGCUUCACUGUUUGGAUCUGAAGAGAGAGUGCUUCGUAGCACAGUCCUGUCCUGUGGAUCCCAAACUGGCUGCCUGAUUGGUUAGCAAGGACUUUUAGGCUGUAGAAAUGAUGGUAACCAAUGAGGCAACAAAUGUGUCAGGCUCCAAUUUCAGACUUCCGGAUCCACGCAUGUUGAGUCCUAAUUCUAUGGUUUUGUGUCUGAUGCUAUGGCUGCACAAUAAAGCUGAUGUUGGCACAGCUGCAGUGCUGCUACUACAGACUCUCUAAGCCAAUGGGAGAGAGCUCUCCCAUCAGACUUUUAGUCCAGCCCCCACAAGUGGUGUUGGUUAUGUUGGCAGGAGAAGUUCUCCUGCUGACGUAGCGCUAUCUACACAGGGGAUUAGGGCUGUGUAACUACGUUACUCAGCUGUAUGGAUUUUUCACACCCGUGAGCAGUAUAGUUCUACUGAUAAAUGUCUUUAGUGUAGACCAGACAGUUCUCUUGUGUUUUAUGCAUUUACAUCACUUCUGAACCUCUCCUUACUUUGUAAGAUUAAAAAGUGUGAAAAGAGAGGUGUUUUUCCUCAUGAUGCAAACGUUCCCAAAUAGGAGACCCCUGUGCUGCAGUAGGGAGCGGGGUAGAUUGACCUGGGAAUGUCAUCUAUUUUUACUGGGACUGUCUGCAUUGGGGGAUGGGAUCGCAGGGGGUGACUUUAUUUGAGGGACAAUACCUGAGGCUCUGACCCGAGCCAGAAGGGGGGUUGGGCCAUGUGACACCUUUGCCCGGGAAACUAGAAAAAGGCUGCAGGAGGAGAUGGUGGGAGGGGAGUGAGGCUGCUGGAGGGGUUUUUCAGAUUUGGGCUGGCUGGGGAACCAGAGGGAACCCCAAGGCUGGGGUCUAAGAUCCCUACCCCCCAGAAGGACCUGAUUAAGGGGUCCUGUUUAUGCCUAUAAGCUCUGGUUUGAACUGUGUUCCUGUCAUCUAAUAAAACUUCUGUUCUACUGUCUGGCUCCGAGUCAUGGUGAAUCGCAGGAAGUGGGGGUGCGGGGCCCUGACUCCCCCACAUGCCGUGACAACCCUUUCCACCAAAACACAUGGCAAAAGAACUAGAGAUAUAUGAACUCACAGAAGUGGUUGGGACCUACUUUGGGACAAACCACAACUUGAGCCAAGGUUCAGUUGUUGGCAAUGGGGAUUAAAAGAAAACUAACAAGAAUUUCUGAUCUUUGACUAUGUUAUUGUUAUUGUUAUCAAUGAAAAUGAAAUUGGUUAAAGAGUGAGAGACUAAUUGUGUAAUAAUCAACUCUUUUGGAAAACUGAUAGUUGUCUUGUUUUUUGUUUUGUUAGUCAUACAGGAAAUGAUCGCUAAUCUUGAAAAGUUAAUUUGAUUUAAUUUACCCCCUGUAGUGUAAGGAGUUCUGGUAGAAAACCUCACUCGAAAGGUUGGGGUGGGAGAAGGUGUGUGAGAAAGAGUGAAUAAUAGAAUAUUGGCCCAGUCUAGAUUUUAAUUUUCUGUAUUUCAAAUAGAACUUAUUUCGCUUAGUUUCAAAAUCAAUUUCUGUUAAAAAGGAAACUACUCGAGGAGACAAGUUGUAUAAGUUUUUACCCACUUACACUGUAAGGGUCACUAACUUCCCCACUUCUCUAAUUUGCAAAGGAAAGGCAUUACAUCUGUCAUAGGAUGUGUCCAGCAGGUAGGAAACCUGCAAUCAUCAAUAUCAAGGAAAAGGUUGAAGUCCAUUGCCUUUCAUGGCCACAUCUCUCAGGGGUGUGAAAAAUCCACUCCACUGAGAGAAGUAGUUCAUGUGAUCUGGGCCCCAGUGUAGACAAUAUUAAGUUGUCAGAAGGAUGCUUCCAGUCUUUGAAGUGUAGACAUAGCCUUAGACAGUUUGAUCCCCUAUGGGAGUCAAGUCAUGACAUCAAUUCCAAUCUUGACCAAUCUCCCUGUAUGUGAGAAAGCUACUAGUAUGGAUGGUUGAGCCAGCUAUCCAAUUACCUAGUUCCUCAACAGUAGCUACAGCUCUUUGUGCCCAUCUAUCCAAAGGCUGAGAGAAAUGGAGACUUCCACCUUCAUUUUAGUAUUUUAUUGUUCCUUUCUCUGUUUUUUCUCCUUCCCUUUCUAUUAUAUUAGGGUGUGACUGUAUGGCUCAGUAUAGUUCAGUGCAUGUGUGACAAAAACUCAUUGGUACCAAUUGGCAAAGAGAUCACUGUUAUUCACAAGUGACUCCUGUCUUAGACCUGACAAACUCACCACUCUGAAUACACUGAUUUUAUUAUAUUUAUCCAGGAAUCAGAGAAAUUAUGCCCAUAUAGGUCGUGGUAGGGAUGUCCCAUUCAAGUGGGAGGGAAUUGUCCUCUGUCCCUUACUAACCAGCUAUGUGAUGUAUUGCUCCAUUAUCAACCUUUGCACCAACUCAGAAAAGCCAAUGGAAAACUAUCAAAGACAAAUUACAGCCAUCUAAACCCGGUGGAAGUGAAAAGGACGAUAGGACGAUCUCCUCCUUGUCAUUUCUGUGAAUAAAGACAAAGACUGAUUCAGUUUAUGACAGGGUGGAGAAAAACACUCUGGGUCCAUUCACCAAGGAGAUCCCUAAUGACCAGUGAUGCUUCAUGAAAGGCAGGGCCGUGGCUCCUAGGGACCAGCAAUCACUAUAAUAGAUUGAUAUGUGAGGUGAAGAAUCUACUUAGAUAGGAAAGGUAACUAUUAAAAAAUUGAGGUUUCAUUUUGUAAUUUUGUUCUGUUGGUAACGAUUGGUUUCCAUCACUCACAUUUGUUUGUUUAAAUCUCUAUCCCUUGUGAAAUAAACUUCCAUUUGUUUGAUAAC